GCAUGGCAGAGGUCGUAGAUCCGAGGUCGAUCCACAGUUCCACGCCUCCGGGUCAUAAACUUGUGAAGUUGUGCCGAAUCCAUCUUCGACUUGCAAGCUGAACCUUUCAUCUUGCCAAACAAGGACCAACCACCGAUUCAGUCUAGGGUAAUAAGCCAACGAUGACCAACCAGCUUCCAUCGGCCGCCUGUGUUCAGGUCACACCAGAGAUCUCCAUUCAACCCCCGCUCUCGCGGCGCGGCCACGGCCCGGGCCUGGUGCUCGUCGUGCCUGCCACUCUGGACCUAAAUCGGCACGACAAGACCCUCGACCCUCCGCCCCAGCAGAAAUGGGCCGAAGAGGGCUACGCAGUCGCCCAAUUGCUCACCGGGCCCGGCACAGCCAGCAUGGUCGAGCAGGUUGGCAUCGCCAUUGCCGAGCUUGAAAAGUUGCCAGCGUGUACCGGAGACAAACUUGGGUUGAUUGUGAUACAGGACGAAGCAGCUGUGAACAGUGAAGAGCUCCUGAACGCCAUCAAGGCUCAUCGAAAGAUCGUAGCGUCAGUCUUUUAUGGAUGCUGCCCCUCAGGGGAGGCGCCUGUUCCAGUGCUUGCGCAUCUGCCUGGGAGUAACGCAGCGAGGGGAGGGAACGGUGCCAAGGUCUACUCUUACCCAGGUGCAGCCGAUUGCUUCACCACUCCAGCGCAUGCGAACUACCGGGCGAGUGCCACGGCGGUGUCGCACACGCGGUCGCUGUCGUUCCUGAAGCCGCUGAUGGGAGGGCCCUACUUCGACCUGGAAGCGAUAUGGGAUGAGCACACGCGCUACGAGUUCGCCGACCGCAGCGUCGAAGCCACCAUGGCGACCAUGGUCGACGAGCCCUAUGUAAACCACGUGCCGACCCUGACCGGAGGCAUUGGCCGGGCGAGCCUGACACGCUUUUACCGGGACCAUUUCAUCUUCAGCAACCCGGACGAUGCGGCGCUCGAGCUGGUCAGCCGGACGGUGGGCAUCGACCGCAUCGUGGAUGAGUUUCUGUUCAAUUGCACUCAUGACCGGGUGAUCGACUGGCUACUCCCCGGCAUCCCGCCGACCUUCAAACCGCUGAGCAUCCCGUUCACAGGCAUUGUCAACAUCCGUGGUGACCGUCUCUACCACGAGCACAUUGCCUGGGACCAAGGGACGGUUCUCCGGCAGCUGGGAUUGCUCCCAGAGUACCUCCCCUUUCCGUACCCACUCCCGGGAGGCAAAGAGCCACAAAACGGAAGUCAUUUCGAAUACCGAGUGCCUGUUGCGGGUGUUGAGUCGGCCAGGAAAUUGGUUGACGAAAGCGCGUGCCCGUCCAACGCAAUGCUCGAGUUUUCAGUCAGGGAAACAUCCACCAAAAGCUAA